AUGGGAAUUCUACCAGAGGAUUUUCCUUCAGCUAAACUCAACUUGACUGCAAAUCCUCAAUUUACUGAUCUCACUCAUUGGCGAUUAAAUGUUGAUGAAGGUUCACAAAUCUGGCAAUAUCUCGAAACAGAACAGGAACGUCAAGCACGACCUCAAUCUAUUUGUGAAAAAUAUCACUUGGGUCUUCCUAUUGACGUCCCUGAACUAGAAAAAGCAAAGACACCUUUGGAAGCAGCGCGUAAUGGUUUCGAAUUUUAUCGACGUCUUCAAACUGAGGAUGGUCAUUGGGCAGGAGAAUAUGGCGGACCUAUGUUUCUAUUACCUGGCUUAAUCAUCGCUCACUAUGUCACUCGUACACCUGUUCAUGAACCCACUCGACUUGAAAUGAUUCGGUAUUUACUCAAUAAAGCCAACAAGGAAGAUGGUGGUUGGGGAAUUCAUAUUGAAGGUGUUUCUACCGUCUUUGGUACAGCAUUAAACUAUGUAACCCUUCGUAUCUUGGGUCUUGGUCCAGACCAUCCAGCAAUGGUAAAAGCAAGAAAUACUCUUCAUAGACAUGGUGGAGCUGCUGCAAUUCCUGCUUGGGGAAAAUUUUGGCUUGCUGUCUUGGGCGUGUAUGACUGGAAUGGUGUGAAUCCAAUUCCACCCGAGUUGUGGGCUUUACCAAAGUUCGUCCCUCUUUAUCCGGGUAACUGGUGGGUUCAUUGUCGAAAUGUUUACCUUUCUAUGGGCUAUAUCUAUGGCCACCGAGUCACUGCGCCUCUGACUACCUUCACCCAAUCUUUACGUGAAGAACUUUAUGUGCAACCUUAUGACACGAUCAAUUGGGACAAGCAAAGGAAUAACGUUGCUGAAGUCGACUUAUACAUGCCUCAUACAAAAAUAAUGGACGUCGUCAACUAUGCUUUGACCUAUUAUGAAUCCUUUGCCAAAAAGUUCACUGCUCUCAGAGACUAUGGAUUAAAAGAAGCAGUAGAGCAGAUUCGUAUGGAAGAUGAAAACACAUACUAUAUGGGUAUCGGCCCUGUGAAUAAAGCAAUGAAUUGGCUUGUCUGGUAUCAUCACUCGGGCAAAGAUUCGCUUGAAUUCAAGCUGCAUGUUGAGCGUAAUGCUCAUUUCCUUUGGCUGGGUGCAGAAGGCAUGAUGAUGAAUGGCACAGACGGUACUCAACUUUGGGAUACAGCUUUUAUCGCACAGGCAUGCGCAGAGGCUGGUUUGGCAAAGAACGCCAUCUAUCGUGAAAAUAUGGUAAAGGUUCUGGAAUUUCUGGACAUGACUCAGAUCAGAGAGAACCCCAAGGAUAUGGAACGCUGUAACCGUCAAGCUACGAAGGGAGCCUGGCCAUUCAGUACAAAGCGUCAGGGAUAUACUGUUUCUGAUUGUACAGCUGAAGGUCUCAAGUCAUCUAUCAUCCUUCAGACCAUACCUGAAAUGCCUACGAUUAUCAAUCCAGAACGCUUUCUUGAUUCCGUUGACAUCUUACUGUCCAUGCAAAACCGUAGCGGCGGGUAUGGUAGCUAUGAAAAGAAUCGCGCCACACCACUUUUGGAAGCUUUUAAUCCUGCUGAAGUAUUUGGCAAUAUUAUGGUGGAGUAUGAAUACCCUGAAUGUACAACAGCUGUCCUGCAUGCACUCCGUACUUUUAUCAAAUUAAACCCUGAUUAUCGCAGAGAUGAAAUUGAGGCAGCAUGUCAGGGAUGCGUAAAGUAUAUUAAAAGUGUGCAAGGCCAAGAUGGUUCAUGGUACGGUGCAUGGGGUAUUUGUUAUACUUAUGCCGCUAUGUUUGCUCUUUCCAGUCUAUCAAGUGUAGGAGAAUACUAUGAAAACUCCGAUAGCUCAAGAAGAGGCUGUGACUUUUUGAUUCAACACCAGAAAGAGGAUGGCGGUUGGGGCGAAAGUUACAAAUCAUGCGAAGUCCAUCAAUAUUGUCAGCAUGAACAGUCUCAAGUUGUAAACACUGCAUGGGCCGUGAUGGCCCUUUUAGAUGCUAAAUAUCCUCAUAAAGAACCUAUUCGUCGAGGUAUUGAGCUAAUCAUGAAAAGACAACAACCAAACGGUGAAUGGCUACAAGAAGCUAUUGAAGGUGUCUUUAACAAAAAUUGUGCAAUCUCUUAUCCCAACUACAAGUUUUCUUUCAGUAUCUGGGCCUUAGGUAAAUACACCAAAGUGUAUGGUGAUAACAUCGACCCCUAA